GAAAUGUAGUGGACAGUCAGUUCUGUGUGAUGACACAUGUUAUCCACAACUCUACAGAUGUGAUGGGAUACGUCAAUGCAAUGAUGGAACUGAUGAAAUCAACUGCCAAUGUUUAAAUUCCACCUACACCUGUGCCAGUGGGGAAUGUUUCCACCCGGCCCUCAGAUGUGAUGGUGUUAGGGAUUGCAAGGAUGGGUCGGACGAAGAUUGUGAAUCAAUGGCAAGUGUAACAUGCGAUUUUACUAACGGUACCUGUAUGUACUACCUCCACAACGUCGACAUUCGUGAUACUUCUAUUUACUACGGGUAUUAUCAACAACUAGCCCAGUAUGGCAAUAUAGCUUAUAUGGAAGAAUCGAUGUGCUACUUGAGAUCUGCUCCUGUAAAUGUUGUAGAAAACAGUUGUCUCACAUUCCACUUUGCAAUUUUGUCAUCCUAUUCCAUGUCUGUGGUACGGGUAGCAACAUUCAACAGUAAUUCUUACCACACCGUGGGCCAAUGGGAACUGCAGCCGUUCAACUACUAUAUCUCGGCAUUUGUAAUAUAUGUAAAUAUUUCGUCAGGGCAAUAUGAUGGAAUUCUUAUUGAGGUACAAUCUUACUCAAUGAUCAACUACAACGAACCAAAGGCUGUUGACAAUAUCCAGCUUUUCCCAGGAGAAUGUACAACUGGCGGUGUACAGGUCUUAAAUCUCCUGGAGCUUAUUUCAACAACGACAACAUCUUUCUGGGAAGGCAACACUAAUUAUGGAAGAACAGAGUGGGAGUCGGAGACUUCAACAUGGCCGUCAACAACACCAGCAUGCAGUCAUGACCAGUUUCCUUGCUAUAAUGGGACCUGCAUACCCAUUCUGCAAAUAUGUGAUGGAGUUCCACAAUGUAGUCACAGUGAAGAUGAAUUAAUUUGUUUAACCACAACACCGACUGUAUCCACUACAUGGUCAACAUCCACGCCAAGAUUAACAGCGCCAUGGGUAACAUCAACACCGGACAGUACGACACCACAUCAUACAACUAUGCCAACAUGGUCAACGACAUCAUCUUUAGGCUGUCUAGAUGGAUUUAUCGCUUGCUAUGAUGGAUCUUGCAUACAUUGGUUUCAGUUAUGUGAUGGAAAUCCUGACUGUCUUCGAGGCGAAGACGAGCAAUACUGUUCCACUUCAGGAUGGACAACUCAUGCAACAGGACCAACAACUCCAGUAGGUUGCCAAAUGUGCUCCGAUAACUCCAGUUGUAUAUCGCCGGAACAGAUAUGUGACGGCACCAACGAUUGUGCUGACAGAAUGGACGAAAAUAUAUGUGAAGACUAUCCAUCCGUCCGUGUGUCCGAUCCUCCCGCAACGACCAUAUCAGGGUCUGUUGACCUUGUAUGCACUGUGGAAAACCCUGGCAAUCAUCAGGUGAUAUUAUUUUGGAAAAGCCUUCGGUGGGGGGACAUCUCACGAAACGGGGACUUAAUGGUGGAUAUUUCAUUCAAAAACCUUACUCGAGGAAAAUUUAGCGUGCACCUGACUAACAACGGCACCACAACAACAUACAUCUUAACAGUUGGUGUUGUGGAGCAACAAGAUAUACACGAAGACUUCACAUGCAUUUCGGAUAUCGUUGGCAUUCCUGAGGUGUACUGGCCUUAUCAUAGCGUCCGUCUCAAUAUUCAAGGUGACAUACCUUAA